AUGACGAAGGAAGAACAUCGUCGUCGUACAAGUGAACGAAUUGAUCAUUUACUCGAAGCACGACCUGAUUUAGAAGAUUUGGAGCAACGGAAUGUCGUACCAACAGCUUUAUCGACUGUAGCAUCGACACUUCAAGGUGUACAGAAACAAUUACAACGUCAAUUAAGUGCUGAUGAACUAGCACAUCGACUCAAGAAUCGACCAGAUGUGCAAGAAUUACGUGAUCAUGCUAUUGUUCAUGGUACUGACAGUAUUGCACCUAGUCUACAGGCUACACAAGAGAAAUUACAACGUCAAUUGAAUUGUGAUAAAGUCAAUCAGCAGUUAACGAAACGACCGUCGAUUGAAGAAUUACGUACGACGGGCGUUUUAGAGACAAGCGCAGAGUUGGCACCAAGUCUUACGGCAACAGCAAAGAAACUGGAGAGGAAUUUCGUACAGGAUCAAGUGUCACAUUUACUUGAAUCUCGACCGGAGAAGGAAGAACUUGUUUCGCAUCAUAUUCUAGAAGAACAGGAUGCAGCACUAGCACCAGUAUUGCAAGGGACUAAACAUCAGCUAGAACAUCAGUUGAAGACGGACCAGAUUGCACGCCAAUUGCGUCAAAGACCUUCUGUAACCGAGCUGGAGGAGAAAGGCAUUCUUGAUGAAGGGGAGCUAGGGGAGGACGGACUGCCGAAGAAACGUUCAUUGUCACGACGAGCUCGCUACGCGUUGGCACUCAAGGCAGCUAGCCGCAUCGCAGCAGACAAGUUGAUCUCAGCAGAGGAAAAGGCACGUCUAAAGGAUUUGAUCUUGAGCGACGAUGAAAAGGUUGUUGCUGCACUCGAGUGCUAUGAGCUGGAUGAGGAUAUUGAAGAAAUGCUGGACACACUGUAUCGUGUUGCCAAGGUGCCACCGUGA